CGCCACCUGUCGUGAAAACCACUGCACCCGGGAGCGGAAGUUGAACACCGAAAAACCUGUCGAAAGCACUUGUCUGACAAAAUAUAAGACAGCUGAAGGAAGAAAAAGAAAUAGACCUGGAUGAUGAGGACACAGUUAUACAUGGAAUGCUGAUUCAUCAACGAGUACAACUUAAAUUAGUGCAGCUCAUGUCCAGCCAAACUCACUAGUUGCUUCUACCAUGUAAGGAACAGAUGGUCAAAGGAGGUACCAAUUGGUCAAGGGUCCAAAGGGUCAUAGCUGACAAGUAACAGAUUGGAGAUUGGUCAAGCUGACCACAUAUCUUGAUUGACUGAGUGCUGACACAAACUGCCAAAAUGCUGCAGCAGAUUUUGCAAGACAUGUUCAUAGACCCAGAGCUGCUUGCAGAGCUCUCGGAAGAACAGAAACAAGUCCUUUUUGUUAAAAUGCGUGAGGAGCAAGUACGCAGGUGGACAGAGAGUGAAUUGAAGCUGGAAAUAGAAGAUAAAAAGUGUCCAAGGAAGCGAAAGCCAGGAAGAAAGGGUUUUGUUAAGUUCCUUAAUGGCAGUGACGGUCAUGAAUGGGUAUGGGUGAUGGGAGAUCAUGCAAAAGACAAGAAGAUUGAUGAGAUGUUGGAGGAGGAGGCUAAGAACCAGGCUCUCAGAGAGGCGGAACUGGAAAUGGAAAAAUUAAGCCAACAGGAGGAGUUUGAACUGAAGCAGCGAAUGGAUCGGGGACAGUGUGAGGAAGACGAGGCUAAGAAGAAAUUGGAGGAGGACAUUAGGCGAAAGAAAGAGGAAGCAGAAAUGUAUCAGUCAAUAAAGGAGGCUAGGUUAAUGGCACAGCGUCUCGAGGAGGAGAAAAAGAAGGAGGAACACAAACGUGUUGAAAUCCUGAGGCUAAGGGCUUGCAAGAAAUGUGAAGAUCUCCAACAGUCAUCCUUUGCCCAGGAACGUCGCGUCUCCAUGGAAAAGGUUGAGAAGGCAAAACGUCGCCGUAGUAAUGAACUGUACGUGCGAUGGAAGGAGAUGAGGAGACAGAUAGAACAAACAGCAGAGGAGGAGUCCCAAGAGGUAGAGGAUAACUGGCACCAUAGAGAGAAACAGGCCAAGGAAGCUGAGAAACAGAUGCAGACAUUAGCCAAGCGAGCCCGCGAGGAGCACCAUAACUCCCUACGCAUCAGUUCAAGUGUCAUCAGUGCGGCAUCAGCAUUCGCAGACGGAACAAAACCUCCUCUCCCCCCAAAGCCCAAAUAUCUUACACAAAAUGCCUUGGCUAGUCAGAAUGGAAUAAGUGGCAAUAAAGUGUCGAGAAAGAAGCGAAGUAUGCGACCUAAAAACAAAGAUGACGUCAUCAAGUGGUUCCUGGAGGAGGAAAAGCCACAGGGAGUUGGUAUAGAUCUUAAAACUAAGACUGUGGCUACCUGGUUCCAUGGUGUGAUAUCUCGGGUAGAUGCUGAGCUCAUGUUACAGUCAAAGACACUGGGAGCGUUCCUAGUGCGUGUCAGCGAGCGAGUUUGGGGUUACACGAUAUCGUACCGAGCAGAGGAUCGGUGUAAACACUUCCUCAUAGACACGUCAGAGGCGGGUUACCAGUUCUUUGGUGCUAACCAGGUCCUCCAUGCUUCUCUCCAUGAACUUAUAGAAUUUCACAAAAAUAACCCAAUUACGGUGAUGGGAGGGGAGAAACUACGCCACCCUGUAGGACAGUCCAAGGACCCACCAGAUUACCAAGGCCUGCUGCAGCCCAAAAUUCUGGAGAGUACCUCGCUAUGAUAUAUUCAUAGACUACAUACAUGUACUAGGAUUUUGUUUUGUGAAACUAUACAUAAGCAUAAGCAUAGAUCUUACAACAGUUACGUAUACCUGCUGUUGUCAAGUCUUGGAAACUUACUUUAUUUUUUUGUAUGAUAUGAUUGUAUUUUUUUAUGUGUAUAUUUGACCAUGUUGGAACAGUCUUUUAUCCUUAUGGCUAAUGGAACUGUUAUGGUUUUGAGAAUCAUUUCAAGCUUUUAUACUCAUUAUUUUUUUUUAAUUAAUGAUUCUUCUUGAUCUGAUUUCAUAACAUUUUUUCCGCCUCUAAGCUUGGGACGUUGAUUUAAGCAUUCAUUUGAUAUUUUUUGAAUAGCUGGUUUUGUAUACAUGAAAAUUUUUGCAAUGUUUACUGUAAGCAAACUGAAAAUGAUUUGGACCAGGAAAAAUUAUCUAGUUGUACUAAAAAGUAUUUUUCUUGGUUUUGUAAACACAGAGUGAUGUUUUGCUAUUUAUAUCUAAAACGUAAAAUACUAUGGUUGUUUCGGUUUCACAAAACUAACUAUUAAUCAAAAUAGAAUUUCCCACCCGUUCUAAAUAUAGAAUCUAAAUGUCACUGCUGAUAAGAAAUAAUUAAAUUUAUCCAGAAACACUUAUUAUCUGACUGUGACAUUUAUAGGUUUUAAGUUAUGCAAUAAAAAGAAUUAUCUUCCAAUCUUAAAAUAUAUAUUUUUUAAUUUCUUAUGGGCUAAAAGGAUGCAUGUGUAAUGUGUAUUUUUGUGUAAAUUGCAAUACUGUAGAAAGGGUACUUGUUUUUCAUGAACCUGCCAUUUAUCAUUGAAUAUUUUUGUUGUUACCGGUUCUGUCAUUUUGAAAUUGACCUUUAAAUAUACAACAGAAUUUCACAAGCCAUGUUUCUGUCUAUUACUCUCCACAUAUUGUUGCAGGAAAACACAUAUAUAAAAUCUGGUGAAAAUUGCAGUAGAAUUUGCAUCUGAAAAUGUCUAGAAAGAGAAAAAAUAUUUUUAAGUUUCCUUUGUUUGUACUAGGUGAUACUAACAGAGUAAUUUUUCAACUGGCUGGAAUUUCACUUGAACAACUCCACCAGUGUAAUCAUAUGGGGUAUGGCUUGUGAAAUUCUGAUGAAUAUUACUUAGAAAUAGCCAAAAAGGGAAGC